UGGGGUCAAGCAGCCUGGCAGUGUCGAGGGUCACCGCCCCCCUCGUGGUUGCAUUGUGUCGUCGCAAGAGCACCAGACUCACGGCUGUCAUCGGGGGUCUCGUCAUGGCCCUCGCCGUCCUCUUCGCCUCCUUCGCCCUACACCUACACCAGGUAUUUCUCAGCUAUGGCUUGGUGCUGGGUGUGGGCGUGGGCAUGACGCGCGAGGCCGCCAACCUCAUGCUAGGCCAGUACUUCAGGCGGCGGAGGGAGUUCGUCGAGAUCAUCGCCCAGUCCGGCUGCGGUAUCGGCGUCACCCUCUUCUCCGUUUUCUUUAAGGAGGCGAUAAGGUCAGUUGGGUGGCGGCUGGGGCUGCAGGCCGUGACUGGGGUCGUCUUCUCCAGCUUCUUCCUGGGGAUCUUCUAUAGGUCAGCCUCCCUUUACCACCCCCAGCGGCGCGCCAUACUGCACCUCAAGAACCAAAAGAGGAAGCAAGUGAAGGACAAGUAUAAAGUGGACUCCGAGAAGCCUCCAUAUUUUGACCUGACUUGCCUCAAGCUCAGAUCGGUACAAGUCCUCAUCACCACCGCCGCCGUGGCCUCCGUCGGCCUUUACACACCUCUCUUCUACCUCAUACUGGAUGCACAGACGGAGGGGCUAGAGGACUCUGCACUCAUCCUUCUGCAGACGUUCCUUGGGUUUGCUUACGCACUGGGCUGCAUCGGCUUUGGGCUGAUCGUGGUGAGGCAGAGCGCCCAGUGCAUGAUCUCCCGCCAAUACUUGUGUCAGGCCUCCAUGUACGGGCUGGGAGUGACUAUGCUGGCAUUGACGGCGGUGCGGGGCUACUACGGCUACGUUCUUUUCAUGUGGCUGUACGGGGUGCUGUUAGGGGGCGCGCACUACGCCUUCCAGAUGCUGACCCUGGAGAAGGUCCGGGCCAGACACUUCUCGCGGGCAUGGGGAUACAUCCAAGGGUCCACGGCGCUGCCCAUACUGUUGGGAGUGCCUGUGACGGGCUACAUCAACGAGAGCAACCCGAAGAGCGGCUACUUCUUCGCAAGUCUCUUCUUGCUGGGCGGUGCCUCCUGCCUCUUCCUGCUGAACUACUUUCGUGAGCGGCUCUCGAAGCACGAUACCACCGUCUCCUUCACCACCGUGGACUCACACUUGGCACAUGACCCUUACGCGGUGCCUCUCGAAAACGGGGGCGGCGGGGCGACUGCGGGGGUCACUGGCAGCACCGGGAGCAGCAAAGCUCCAAUGCCCCCGCCACCGCAGCUCCCCCAAGCCCCUGUGUGCACCUGCGGCGCUGACUCCAACGCUCCGCCGCCUCCGCCAUCCCUGCAACCCCAAGGCAGCGGACAAGAACCCGCCAAGACCACGGCAGCAAUGAACAAGUUGGGCAAGACCAUCUCUUUCGCCACUUCGGUGGAUGUGAUGGAGCCACGGCUGAGGCCUGAGCUGCUCACCUGCAUCUCCGAAGAGGGGCUGCUAGACCACUACUACGACUACGUGGUGGACUGUGUGUCCGCCUGCCGUCACGAUGACGGCUUCUGCAGCGAGCGAGGAAGCGUGGACGGCGAGGCAGACGACGUCGACGGGGAGAUAAUGGAAAACCGCCUGCGCCACCAACACCAGCACCGCCCCCACGCCUCGCCACACCCCAGGUUUCGUGUGCACCUGCCGGCCGGGAGGCGCCUGGGCCAGGCCAGUGGUGUCAGCUUCAGCGAGCCCGAGGACUUGGCCAGACUGGGCCAGGGCGGCUGUGGGAGCGGGCAGCGGCUGGCCCACUCGUCCCCUGCCCACUACACCCACGAGUACACGCCCCCACCCCUCCCCGCCCCGAGGCCGCCCAUCCUUCGUCGUCAGCCACAGUCUUCACGCCCGCGACGUAACAUCACCGUCAUAGAGGAGAUGACCACCUCUGUGUGACCCCCCCCGCCCCGGCGCUGCUGCUGCUGCUGCUGCUGCUCCCGCCAUGCCCCUCACUCAGAAUUGGCAGCCAUCCACGCCCCCCACAACACACCCACGCGCGCCAGUCAGUGAUUCAAUGACUGCGUAGGGGAGCCGCGCCGCGCUGCAGUCCCGCCGCGGCGGUAAUGGAUACUGACCCUCUAGUCACUCAAGUGACUGGCUCAUAGACCUUGUUGAGGGACUUGGAACUCGACACUUUAAAU